AUGAGUAUAAAUAAAGAAGAAGUAAAGAUAACUAAAUUACUUAUUAUUGGAAGUAGUGGAGAUGGUAAAAGUUCAUUAGGUAAUUUUAUAUUAAAGAAAAAUGCAUUUGCUGUUGGUGAUGGUGCUAGUUCAGAAACCAAAGAAACAAUUGGUAGUUGUGGAGACUUAGACAGGAGUGAUGUGUUUGUUAUUGACACACCAGGAGUUCAAGAUUCUGAAGGAAUGGAUACAAAAUGGAUUAGUCAAAUGUUAGAUUAUAUUAAAGAACAAAAAGAAAUACAAGGGAUAGUUAUUGUUUCUAACUUUAAUCAAGACAGAUUUCCUCAAACUAAUAAGAACAUGAUUAAAAGUAUUUACAAGGAAUUUUCAAAUGAGGAUUUUUGGAAACACGUUUGUGUAAUAUGGAGUAAGUGUUAUUCUUAUGUUGAUGAGAAGAGAAUAACAAAGAAAGUAAAUAUGAAAAGAGAAGAAUAUCAAAAAGAAAUAAUGAAAAUUGUUAAAGAAACAACAGGAAAUGAACAGUGCAUUGAAUUUCCAAUGUAUUUUGUUGACUCUCAACCAGAAGAAGGAGAAGACAAUAGUAGAUCAGAAAAAGGAAUUGAAGAUCUUCUUAGGUGGGUAAAAAAUAUCCCACCAAUGAGUGUCCAGAAUAUUAAAAAUAAUAAAGAAAGAAUAAAACUUACACCUGGAGUAAUACAAAAAUUAUCAAUGUAUUUUAAUGACAUUAAUGAUUUUAUUAAUUUAGAAUUAGGAGUUAAAAAGUUUCAAGGAAAUAUGGAAAAAUUAUAUUAUAAUCCAAUUCCAUUAAAUGAUUAUUCAAGAAAACUAUUUCCUAAUAUUAGUAAAAUUAAUUUAUUUACUGAAAAAGAUAAAGUGUUUAAUGAUGGAAAAAUAAUUAAACAAGUAAUAUGGUAUAAAGUUGAAUAUUCAAGAUAUUCAAAAGAAAAAGAACAAGGAAAUGAAUGUAAAAAUAUAGAAUAUACAAAAGAAGAUAGAAAGAAAUAUGGAAAUAUCAUACCAUCAAUAAUUAAGUCACUUGGAAAUGAAUGUUUUAAGUAUUGUUAUGAUUUGAAAACAAUUGAUAUACCAACAAAAAUUAGUGAAAUAGGAAAUGAAUGUUUUUAUGAAUGUGGAUUAAGCAGUAUUACUAUACCAAUAACUGUCAGUAGAAUAGGGAACAAUUGUUUUGAAGGAUGUAAUUCAUUAACAUCAAUUAAUAUUCCAAAAUCAAUUAGAGAAUUAGGAGAUGAAUGUUUUGAAGCAUGUUUUUCAUUAAGUGAUGUAAUUAUAGAAAAUCUACAUUUCGUUAAUGAAGAAAGAAUUUUUAUGAAUGAACCAAUUAUGAAUAGUUUUAAAUUACCAGAAAAUUUAGAGAGAGUUAAUAAAAGAAUUAUAGAAAGAAGAGACAUCAAUGAAUUUAUUAUUCCAACAACAAUAACUAAAUUAAAUGAUUAUUGUUUCAAAGAAUGUUCAUCGUUAACGUCAAUUACUGUACCAACAACAGUUAGUGAAUUAGGAAAUGAAUGUUUUAAAGAUUGUAUCUCUUUAAAAUCAAUUAAUAUACCAACCUCAGUAAGUAAAUUAGGAAAUAAUUGUUUUAAUGGCUGUGAUUUAUUAGCAUCAGUUGUUUUACCAGAAUCAAUUAAUAAACUAGGAGAUAAUUGUUUUAGAGGAUGUUCAUCGUUAACAUCAAUUAAUAUACCAUCAUCAACUACUUCAUUUGGAAAUGGAUGUUUUUAUGGUUGUUCGUCAUUAACAUCAAUUACUGUUCCAUCACCAAUUAGUGAAUUAGGAGAGGAGUGUUUUAGAGAAUGUAAUAAAAUAACAUCAAUUAAUAUUUUAGGACUUAUUACUAAAUUAAGUAAGAAAUGUUUUGAAGGAUGUACAUCACUAGUUAAUAUUAAUUUACCUAGUUCUAUUGUUGAAAUAGGUGGUGAAUGUUUUAAAGAAUGUAAGUCAUUAAACAAUAUCAUUUUACCAAAUUGUGUAAGUAAAUUAGGAGAGAAAUGUUUUUGUGGAUGUAUUUCAUUAAGUAUUAUUAACAUACCAAUCUCAUUUACCCAAUUAGGAGAUGGUUGUUUUGAAAGGUGUUCAUCUUUAGCAAAUAUUCAUAUCCCAACAACGAUUACUAAAUUAGUGCAUGAAUGGUUUAAAGAAAUGAAGUUUUUAAAAACAAUUACAAUACCAUUUUCAAUUAUUGAAAUAGGAGAAAAUUGUUUCAGCAAGUGUUCAUCUUUGAAAUCAAUUAAUAUACCUACCUCUGUAAGUAAAAUAGGAAACAGUAGUUUUAUGGAAUGUAAAACAUUGAAUUAUGUAAGGAUUCCUACAACCAUUAAUAAAUUAGGGGAUUAUUGUUUUAGUGGUUGUAACUUAUUAAGAAAAAUUAUUAUUCCAAAAACUAUAACAACAUUUGGUAAUAAUUGUUUUGAAGGAUGUUGUUCAUUAAAAAGAAUUAACAUAUCAACAGCAAUUAAAGAAAUAGGAAGUCUUUCUUUUAAGAAUUGUACAUCAUUGGUCAAUAUAAACAUACCAACAUCUAUUAGUCAAAUUGAUGUUGAUUGUUUUGAUGGAUGCAAUUCAUUAACAUCAAUAAAUGUUGAACAACCACAAUUUCUUAAUAACAAUAGAAUAAUAAUGAAUAAACCAGUAUUAAUAAGUAUUAAUAUACCAGAAAAUGUAAAAAUGAUAAAUGGGAAAGAUAUUCAAAUAAACUUUAUCAAUAAACUUAUUAUUCCUACAACAAUCAAUAAAAUAGGUAUCAACUGUUUUAAAGGUUGUACGUCAUUAACAUCAAUUAAUAUACCUACAACAGUUAGAGAAUUAGGAAAGGGAUGUUUUAAUGGUUGUGGGUCAUUAAAAGAAAUUAAUAUUCCAACGUCAAUUACAUUAUUUGGAAAUGGAUGUUUCUAUAAAUGUGGGUGUGAGUCAAAACUAAAGGAAAAUAAAAGGAUACCAGAAGAAUGCUUUAAAGAAGAUAGAUAA